AUGCUGCAUUUUAAAACGUGGACUUGUGGUCGGAGCAACGUGGACUUGUGGUCGGAGCAACGUGGACUUGUGGUCGGAGCAACGUGGACUUGUGGUCGGAGCAACGUGGACUUGUGGUCGGAGCAACGUGGACUUGUGGUCGGAGCAACGUGGACUUGUGGUGGGAGCAACGUGGACUUGUGGUCGGAGCAACGUGGACUUGUGGUCGGAGCAACGUGGACUUGUGGUCGGAGCAACGUGGACUUGUGGUCGGAGCAACGUGGACUUGUGGUCGGAGCAACGUGGACUUGUGGUCGGAGCAACGUGGACUUGUGGUCGGAGCACUUUGCUGAGGGGAAAGGCAAGGAAUUAGGAAAAACCACUACCUUGGAAAAGACAAGACAAGACAAAAUCACAUUUUCCGUCAUCGCUCAUCUGGAUCCAGCUGCACCCUGUUUUUCGGACCACUGGCAGAGGUCCAGAUGUUUCUGUGCUCUGCAGCUGACAGCUCUUCUGCCUGGGAUAAUUUUGACAUAUUGUAAGAUCAAACGACGGUCCCCAGUCCUGGGUCUUCAGCGACGGUCCCCAGUCCGGGGUCUUCAGCGACGGUCCCCAGUCCGGGGUCUUCAGCGACGGUCCCCAGUCCGGGGUCUCCAGCGACGGUCCCCGGUCCGGGGUCUCCAGCGACGGUCCCCAGUCCGGGGUCUUCAGCGACGGUCCCCGGUCCGGGGUCUCCAGCGACGGUCCCCGGUCCGGGGUCUUCAGCGACGGUCCCCAGUCCGGGGUCUUCAGCGACGGUCCCCGGUCCGGGGUCUUCAGCGACGGUCCCCAGUCCGGGGUCUUCAGCGACGGUCCCCGGUCCGGGGUCUUCAGCGACGGUCCCCGGUCCGGGGUCUUCAGCGACGGUCCCCGGUCCGGGGUCUUCAGCGACGGUCCCCGGUCCGGGGUCUUCAGCGACGGUCCCCAGUCCGGGGUCUUCAGCGACGGUCCCCAGUCCGGGGUCUCCAGCGACGGUCCCCGGUCCGGGGUCUCCAGCGAUGGUCCCCUGUCCGGGGUCUCCAGCGACGGUCCCCAGUCCGGGGUCUCCAGCGACGGUCCCCAGUCCGGGGAAACUAUCCAUCCUAGUCCUCCUGUCAUGUUACAUUGAUGGUUCAAUUUAGGAUAAUUUUGACUUUAUUUGAGGAUAAUUUUGACUUUAUUUGAGGACAACUUUGACUUUUUUGCGGGAUUGUCACGUUCUGACCUCUUUUGUAAUGUCUUUGUUUUAGUAUGGUCAGGGCGUGAGUUAGAGUGGGUAGUCUAUGUUCCUUUUUCUAUGUUGUUGUUAUGUGUUUGGCCUGGUAUGGUUCUCAAUCAGAGGCAGGUGUCAUUCGUUGUCUCUGAUUGAGAAUCAUACUUAGCCUUUUCCCACCUGUGUUCUGUAUUUCCUGUUUUGUGUUUUUUUUCCAUUCACCUUAUGGGACUGUUCGUUUGUCAUUUAUUGUUUUGUUCAGUUAUUUGAUUAAAAAUAUGAACACUUA